AUGGGUGCAUCUGGGAAAUGGGUAAAAGCAAUAAUCGGGUUUAAGAAGCCCGACAAGGAUGAACACGGGAAGGAGGGUGUGAAGAGCAAGAAGUGGAGGUUAUGGAAGAGUUUUUCAGGUUCAGGGGACUUCAGAGGGAACCACAGAACAGGUUCUGAGUCUGAGGGUUCUCAUUCCGAUGCUUUCACCGCCGCAGUGGCCACCGUUGUCCGAGCUCCACCUAAGGAUUUUAAACUCUUCAGACAAGAAUGGGCCGCCACCAGAAUCCAAACUGCUUUUCGCGCCUUCUUGGCAAGAAGGGCAUUGAGAGCGUUGAAGGGAGUGGUGAGGCUUCAAGCUCUUGUAAGGGGUAGACAGGUGAGGAAGCAAGCUGCGGUGACACUGAGGUGCAUGCAAGCCUUAGUUCGUGUUCAAGCACGAGUAAGAGCUCGUCGUGUGAGAAUGUCCAUAGAGGGGCAAGCAGUGCAGGACAUGCUCAAUCAGAGGCGCACCAAGGCUGAACUCUUGAAACAAGCUGAGGAAGGGUGGUGUGAUAGUAAAGGAACAUUGGAAGAUGUCAAAACAAAGUUACAUAUGAGGCAAGAAGGAGCUUUCAGGAGAGAGAGAACAAUUGCAUACUCUCUCGCACAGAAGCAGUGGAGAUCAACCCCUAUCUCUAAUUCAAGAGCAAAAGCCUCAUUUCCCUCUCUCAAUAAUCAUGAGAUGGACAAGGCUAAUUGGGGAUGGAGUUGGUUGGAACGUUGGAUGGCAGCUAAGCCCUGGGAGAGUAGAUUAAUGGAACAAACCAAUGCUGAUGCCUCAGAUAAGACCCCUCCACCACCGUCAAAGAAAUGUGUGAACUCCUCGAAUUCAAAAACAUCAGAACCAUGCUUGGUCAAAGUCAGAAAGAACAAUGUCACCACAAGGAUUUCUGCUAGACCUCCCCAUAUUGGUCAGGCUACUCGUUCAUCUUCAAGUCCAAGUUCGGAAUUUCGGUAUGAUGAGAGCUCUGCUUCAUCUUCAAUAUGCACAUCCACAACACCAAAUUCUGGGAAUGCUGCAUUGGCUUGUGACAGGACAGAGGAUAGUGGUAAUAUUAGGCCGAGUUACAUGAACCUGACUGAGGCAACCAAGGCAAAGCAAAAAAAGAGCAAUCAUAUGUAUAACAAAGCUCAAAGGCAACAGUCCAUGGAUGAUUUCCAGUUUCUCAAAAGAACAGCGGUUUCUUUUAAUGGGGAUUCCAAAAGCACUGCUGGUUCUGACCCUUCAAUCAACUUUUCUAGGCCACUUUACUUGCCAACCUACUUGGAUAAGAGGCCACGCUGA